UUUCUCUCUCUCUCUCUUUCUUUUCCCCGCCUUCUCUCUUUCUCUCCUUCUUUUCUGUCGGUCCAAUGUGUUUGUUCGGAGUUCUGUCCUGCCCAAGCUGUCUAUGGAUAGAUGGAUGAUGAUGGGAUUGUUUUUCCUUUCUCUCCUGUACGUGCAUGUCGAUUCGGGAAAGGGCUUUCUGGGACGCCGUGUGUUCUGUCACGAUGGGAAGGUUCUAUUGGAGGGUGGUCUACAAUUUCGAUAUCCCCUCGCGCUCUCUCUGCUCCUCUCUCUCUCUUUAUUUUCUUCCAGCGAAGCUUGCGGCGAGAUGAGGGAGGGCGACUUUUUUUCGGAGAAUAUUUUAUUCUUGAUACCGCUGCUGCUAUCGCCACUUCCUGCCACUGCCUGCUGUUACGUAAGACUUCCUUCACAAUAAAGCGGAAUUGCGCGAGACAGAAAACCCACUCAAGAGCCCUUCACCUUUUGCGCACGACACUCCCGAGGAAGACAGCGAUCCAGGACGGAAGCGCCGCUGUACGAUAGGAUCUGCUUGAUCUCAGCGCCUUCAGAUCUUCGAUGGGACGAAGCCUUGCAGUUCUUGGAGCUGCGAAAAUUCAUCCCACGGAUUUGCUCGCAUCUGUGCGGGUUCACGAUUUGGUUUGGAUCCAGAGGAAGGGAAGCAGCGGAGCUUUGUACUGUAGACGUAUUCUCAAUGGAUUUUGAUUUCACAAUUUG